AUGGGAGGAGUUGGAAAGACUCAAAUUGCUUUGAACUAUGCAUUUAGUCGAGCGGAUAGUGGAAUGAAGGCGUUAUUCUGGGUCAGUAGCGAGACUUCCCUGACGGUGGCUGAAAGCUACACAGAGAUUGCCAUGAGACUGCAAUUAGAAGGAGCUAGCACUGAUGGUGCACACCUGAAAAGUCGAUAUCUUGUGAGCAAAUGGUUUCAACAAACCAAGGUUGAAUGGCUAGUAAUUUUCGAUAAUGUUGAAGACUUAGCUGUCUUGGAUGGUUACUGGCCAACCUCUUCGAGAGGUUCAGUACUUAUUACAUCCCGCCAUGAGAACGUAGCUUUGGAGGUCAAUGCUGAAGCCUUGAAGAUAUCCCCAUUCUCAGCAGAGCAGGGCUCAACACUUAUACUCAAGACUCUUCACAGGAACCCUUACUCCGAAGAUGAAAAGAAAGGUUCUGAAGCGCUCUCAACAGUGCUACGUGGUCUUGCAUUGGCAAUCACUGUUGCUACCAUGCAGAUUCGAUUGAAGAGGAUGCCGAUCCAAAAAUUUGUUCAGUCUAGCAUGGAUUCAAACGCCGCGUUCAUUUUUGACACAGUUUGCUUUUGCGCACCGGACAAUGUGCCAAUGAGCAUUUUUGAGCAUCCUGUUCCUGGUCUUCAACAUGAAGAUGAUGCCAGAAACAGUUAUGAGUACCCCGAAGAUGGACUUGAUUCAUUGCUCCUGGCCUCUUUGGUUACUCAGGAUGAGCUAGGAGACAUACCAAUCCACCGAGUUCUUCAAGAAGAAUAUCGAAAAUGGUUGGGUCCAGAGCGCCAGUUGACUGCGGGAUAUGCCGAGCGCGAACGAGGACAUCCCAAAGAAGCCGAAGUCUAUCUCGAGAGAGCAAAGACCAUACGCGAGGGACUUCUACCUCCAAACCACCCGGAGAUUGCAAACAUCUACUCCUCUCUUGCCGGAGUCUAUAUCUCGAGUGGUAAAUACGAUAAAGGGCUAGAGCUUUUCCAGGAAGCUGUUAAAAUUGACCUAACAACCCCAUACGAGGAACAAAAAUCGAUAAUCUUCCGAAGAUAUCUGAACAUGUCUACUGCAGAGCGUCUGAAAGGGAACCUCGAAGCUGCGUUGGAAUAUGUUGAGCUUGCCACGCCAUACAUUCUUGACUCUUUUGGAGCCGAAACUCAUUUUGACGUCACGCAAAUAUGUUACAGAGGCAACAUCGCAUACGACAUGAAUGAUCUUCCUCAAGCUCAGAACUACUAUGAGCACGCAUGUCGCGGCCAUGUCAAGGAACAGGAGUUCCACCCCGCGCAUAUCUGUGCAAAUUACAAAUUGUCAUGCACUGAAAUCAAGCUUGGGAGACUCCGUCGUGCAAUCGACCGGCUGCGAUACAAACACUAUGCGAAAAAAUUAGCAGAGGCGCUGAUGAUCCUCGAUGAGAAAGAUGCUGAAGCUGCAGUGUUAAAGGAGGAAGCUGAGAGUAUUAGAGCAGAGCUUCAAGGGGGCCGAGUUUUCGAAUUUGCCGGAUAA